AAUGGAAUAAGGGUAAACAAUGUUAAGACUUAUAUACAGUCGGAUGUAUAUAUAAUAUACAGAAUUAAAAGUAGCUAAAGAAAUGUAGAUAUUGGCAUUUUGGACAGGGGUGACUGGGUGAGUUGAAGGGACAAAAAAAAUCUAUAAAGUGUCCAAUUUUGCAUAAUUCCAUUUGAGCCCCAUACCAAAAAUAAGAAUAUACUCCGUACUACUGUAGUAGGUUAAACGUGUAAAAAAAUCUAACACAAUCAACGGUUUCUAACUACCCAUUUCAUCUUCCCCUUCCUCUCCUCUCUUCUCUUCACUGUACACCCCAGCUUUGAGCUCCAAGUUUCUCUGCCCUAAUUCUCUCUGGUUAUCUUUCAAACCCAAAAAAAUUCCUCCAAUGUCAAAUUCUACACAUCCAACCAUAAACCCUCCUUCAAAACCACCUUUUUCUUCCAAAUUUACCCCAAAAUUCACCCUCAAAAUUUCCCCUUUACCUCUUCCUUCAAAACCCACUUACAAAUUCCCCUUAAAAAUCCAAUCUUUACAUUCCCCAGAUCCCCAAAACCCCCCCAAACCCCUAAAUUUAAUCUCAAUUUUGAGAUCUUUACCUGAUUGGGCUGAUGAAGUUCAAGAAAAGGGUAUGAGAAAGAAGAGGGUUUUGUAUAAUCAUCAAAAUUGGGCUGAACAUAGAAGCUCUCUUAGGCAUGUAAGACAUCUGAUGUCUUCACUUUCUUCAAGGGUCAUUGUUUCUCUCAUCCCACCUGUGCUUUUCUUCACUUCUGUGGCUGUUAUUGUUUCUGUGUAUAAUACAGCUGUGACUAUGAAUUUGUUGCCUGGAUUUUUCCCUGUGUUGAGGGCUUCUACCUUGCCUUAUCAGCUUACGGCGCCAGCCUUGGCCCUUCUGCUGGUGUUUCGAACCGAGGCCUCGUAUUCGAGGUAUGAGGAAGGGAGGCAUGCUUGGACUAAGGUCAUUACUGGGGCUAGUGAGCUUGCUAGGGAGGUUGUUGCUUAUGUGGAUGAUUUGAAUGAUGGGGUUAUGAAGAGGAGUCUUUUGCAGUACAUCAUGGCUUUUCCUAUUGCCCUUAAGUGCCAUUUGCUUUAUGACUCCGACGUUAGGCGAGAUCUCCAAAGUGUCCUUGAAGCAGAUGAUCUAGCAGUAGUUCUCAGUUCAAAGCACAGGCCGCAUUGCAUCAUUCAGUUCAUGUCUCAGAGCCUCAAGUUAUUGAACUUAGAGGAGCAUAAGAGGAACGCAUUGGAUUCGAAGUUAUCCCGUUUCCAUGAUGGAAUUGGUAUUUGUGAACAAAUAGUGGGCACACCCAUUCCUCUGUCAUACACCCGGCUAACCUCAAGGUUCCUCGUUCUUUGGCAUUUAACAUUACCUGUCAUACUAUGGGAUGAUUGCCACUGGAUUGUAAUUCCUGCCACGUUUAUUAGCGCAACAUCUUUGUUCUGCAUAGAAGAGGUUGGUGUGCUUAUAGAAGAGCCCUUCCCUAUGCUUCCACUAGAUGAAUUGUGCAAGGUGCUUUGUACCAACAUUCAGGAAGCUAUUGCAGUCCAGAAGACAAUUCAAGUGCAGGUCGCUGCUAAAAGGAAGAUCCAUUACAACAACCAUUCCACAAAUGGUUGGCCAGCCUCAAGGGGUGAUAAGAUUUGAUGGAACUUGCCAACUUUCCCAACUUAUGCAUGCUAGCACUCUUCAGUAUACCCAAUGAGAGUCCUUCGACUGAAACUAUUAUGCAACUUCCAAGCACCCAGAUGAUGCAAUGUAAACUGAAUUUUUGUUCCGAAAAUAUCAUUUGAGAGUGUUAUAAAAGCUCAAAGGGACGAUUACAGAAUAGAACAAUGGGGAUAUUUCUGCCAUUUGAUGGUUUUAACAGCCAACAAGGAGUCUUGCUUGUACUCUUGUAGACAUACAUGUACAGAAAGUAAUGAUCUGUAGUCAUUUGUAUAUCAGUAUAUAUGUAGUUAAAGCACAUGCUGCUUCUUUUUGUAAAAUAUUUGACCCUUGGAAUAAAUAUAUUAAGUUGAGUUCUGCGCAAA